AAUGGCAUUAAAACCACAGCAACCCGCUCCAUAACGGCAGCGCGCCGCUCCCUCCUUUCCCGCCCUUUUCACCGCUUCCCUCAGGCGCUUCCCGCCCUUCCCGGGGCCCCGCCCCUUUCCCGCGGCCGCUUCCUCACGGCUGCGGGCCCGGGCAUGGCGGCCGGCCCCGGCCGGGACUGGUUCCACUGCAACCGCUGCUACCGGCAGGAAGGUGCCCGCUUCUCCGUCACCAGCUGCGGGCAUGUUCUGUGCGAGGCCUGCCUGGGCGCAGGUAGGGGCCCGCAGGCCUUUACCCCCCGCAGAACGACCGCAGGGCCGUGCCCCAUCUGCGCUGCCACGUGCCGCCGCUUCCCCAUCCCCGAGCAGCUGGAGGAGACACUCUUCUUAAAGAGCCCCGCCACCAUCGCCCGGCAGCGCUUGGCACACAUCUCUCAGGUGAGCAGACUCGGGGGGCUCUCCGCCAUCUGCAGGCACCCCCAAAACCCAAUGAACACCAAGUUUCUCCUCCUUAGGCCUGGCGCUUCCAGCAGGCACAGGUGGACCUGCUGCUCGCCUCCCACCGUGACGCAGCGCGCCGGGCUGAGGCAGCACUGCGGGACGCCCGCCAGGCGUUGGACUCCAAGCAGAGGGAAGCGGAGGCGCUGCGGAGGGAGAACGGAGAACUGCGGAGACACCUGCGGGAGGCUGAGGUCUCCCCUACCUGGCGGUCGAGCAGAGGAACUUAAUUACAAGGCCUCUGUCUGCUCUAGUCACCCCACAGCCUCGGCGGCAGCUCAGCGGGCAAGUGGUGAGGUGAGCAGCCCCCCCCCCCCCCCAGAUCGCCCUGUUGCAGAAACUGGAGGAACACCCUCAGCUUUGUGUCUUUUCCCCCCAAACGUGCUCCCCCUCCACAAUACAGCCGCUUGGCCACACUGGAGUACCCCUCGGCCAACAGCACCCCGACGUGGCUGGCCCCAUCUCCAGGCUCCACCCGCGGUCUGCCCCACAGGGCCGCCCUGCUGGCUUCCCACACACCGUUGUGGGGUCCUUUCACCACCCCGCCACUGCCGGUCGCCGUCCUGCCCGGUGAGCCCCAGCGCUUCCUCUCUGCCGGCCUGCAGCCUCCCCGUGUCUGAGCCCACCGCGUCCCGGCCUCGACCAAGAUUGCGCUGCCUCGUGCAGCUCAAGAGCAGCGCUCCCUGGAGGGCUGGCAGAACCCUCGCGUUGUCCAGCAAUGCGGGAUUGUGGCUGCCAUUUUGGAAGCGGAGCCGCCAUCUUGGAAGCAGCUGCCUUUCCAAGAUCCUCUGUCUCCCUGCCAAGACCCCACCAGUUCCUGUCGUCUUCCUGCUCCUCGCGGUUCUGUGGGAUGUUCUGGGGCUGCCAGAGGGGUUCACUGCUCCCCCACGGUGCACCGCAUCCCUCCGGGUCUGGCUUCUGCCUUCUUAGCAUCACCAUGCUGACCAAGGUACGCCGGGAGCCAGGGGAACCUUGUGGAGACAGGGCCUGGCUGGGGGAAGCCCAAAACCUAAUGCUGGGGAUGCCAAGGCCCCAUGGAAGCUCCUAUAGGGGCUGUGCCCUAUGUGAAACGACCCGCUGCUGGGAACCCCGUGGCCCUAUGGAAGCUUCCGCUGAGCUGAUUUUGCUCGUGCGGAUCCUUAGGUCCUACGGGGGGAACCCAAGGCUGGGCAUAGCACUCGUGGUGGGAACACACAGCUCCAUAAAAGCUUCCAGUGCGACCCCAGGGAUGUGGUAGAGGUGUCAUGGUACAAUCUCAAGGCCAUACAGGGACCCCCACGGGGCUGACCCUUACCUACCCCAUCCCCUCAGUGCCGGGUGCCCAGCCCCAGACCCCUGCAAUUUGACCUUGGUGUGUGAUCAUGGUGGGGGGGUCACAUACGGCUGGUGGCCGCCACUGCGCUCACCUGUUUCUCCCUGCAGGGCUCGACCGUGCGGGCAGCGAGGGAACCCACGCGGCUGGCUAAGAUUUUCUGGUGGGCUUGGGCUCCACCUCCACCUGCAGAAUCCUGGGCUGAGGCCGCAGCUGGGGGCUCCCAGUGGAGGCUGCCCGCAGCCUGCUCUGCUGUGCCAUCUUCCAGGAAACACGACGCGACGCCACGAUGUGCCAUGCGGGGCAGCCGGCCGCACCGCUGCACUCCAACAACGCGGCCAAGCUGCAGGAGCACCGCGGAUCACAGCACGUCCAGCCCGAGGCUCCGCAGCCAUGGAGGGGUGAGGGGCUGCUCCAGGGAUCGUUCUUGGUCGCAGAGGGGCUGCUGCGGUCAGAAUUGGGGGUGUUUUGGCACGAGGAGUCUCCUUAAUUAGGAUAGUUUUGGGGAGAAGGGACUUUUUGCUUAAGAUUGAGAUCUACGUGGUUGCGGGGUGAGGUUAAGAUGGAGACAGCAGCAGUUGUGGGGGUGAUAAGAGCUGGAGGGCACCGCGCCUGAGGGCUGACAGCUGCGGGUUCUUAGUGACCAGGGCCACGGCGCUGGUCCUGCGGGGCACGGAGGCUCCUCCACAGCCAGGAAGGUGGCAGCUUCCCUUGGGCACCACAGGGAGAACGUGGGCCUGGGAGAUCCCCCCCCCCCCCUCCCCUGCCAAGUAUAUAAAAUUUCCUGCUUUGUUACA